AUGGUGUUUCUCAUCCUCAACCUACUGACACUGGGUCUCUUCUCAAAGGUCGGACGAUUAACUCACUAUGCUUUCGACGCCGUGCUCAUCUCUACGGUACUCGCCGGCAUGAAGCGCUCGACUGGUCUGAAGUUCAGGACCGAGAGGGUAUCUGGCGAGAACACCGAGCUCUCGAAGUGGAUCAACAAGUAUCUUGGAGUGGGCGAAUGGGUGAUGGACCAGGGUGUUGCUAUUGCAGGCUCCAGCGGCUACUUUGAACGAUCUCGAUAA